AGGAAAUGACACAAAAUCCAUUUACUAUUACAAGUAAGGUUCAGUUUUCAUUGUUCAACAUAACACAUUGAUACAUUUUUGAGAGCAGGAGUUUUUUCAUACAUCAUUAAAGUUUGCUCACUAAUUUUGAAAGAACACGAUUCGCAGAGAAACUUGCUGAAAGAUAUUUUAUUUUAAAGAGAUAAAAGUACCUGUUUAGAAGAAUCAGUGUAGCAGCGAUCAACGAGAGGAUUUUUUAGUUGAAAGAUUUGCUUACAGCGUUAUUUCCAGAAGCAGUAGAUUCCUGGAAGCUGGAUCUCAAGAGAUUUUCGCGGAUGCUGAAUCUAAUGGUAUUAUCAGGGUCGUCGUAGUUCAUAAUGGGAUUCCAGAAAGUCGAUUUUUGAGCGCUGGCGUUUUACGGGGUACUUUUUUCUUAGACGGCCUAGAUGUUGAAGUCAAACAACCAUAUAGGUCUUAUAGAGCGUACUUUCUUCUAUCUAAAAUUUAUUGUGGAAAAAUUUUGUGUUGUGUCAGGCGACUUCUGGAAAUGCCUUUUGACGGACAAGCCAGGGUUUCUGAAAAACCUUUCACAAAGACCAAGCGUUUUACGACAAAGUCUUGGCCUUUUCUGCAUUCGUAUAAAAAAAGAAUGGCUUACAAACGUUUUUUGGACGUUCUAAUUGUGAUAUUCAUGAUCAGCAUGGACUAUUGUGUAGGACUAGGCAUUAUUUCGGUCGGAUUUGAGAAAAAAAUAAUAUAAUAAUAAUAUAAUAGUAUAAAUAAGAUAAUAGUAUAAAAAAAGAAUGGCUUACAAACGUAUAAGGUCACCAAUGAUGCUGCCUAACUAGAGGUUUCUUCAGAGAUAUUCUAGAAAAUCUUCACGGAUUUGGUAUACUAUAUGCUUCUAAAAUAAUGUAUUUUGAAUUCUGACAGAUUGACUCGAACCUCUAGACUGUCCUCUUUAAAACUACACAAGCCCAGAUUUUUAACCCCAUGGUUCGGGAGCGAUAGGCAUUUUGCGAAAACCUACCUAUCGGAUAAACUUCAUGCCUGGAACCUUCAAAACACAUGAAACAUAGGUUAUCGACCACGUUGAAUCAUAACUCAGUCAACCGUGUCUCAAACUGCUUCAGAAUGUCAAAAUAUACUCAAUUUUAUCUGUACUACACCGUGAACUUCCAUAAUAGUCUUAAAAACCAACAGAAAGUACUUUGGUUUUUUUGAAAACUUUUCUAGAAAGCUUUGGGAAUAAGGGAAUGUUUCGUACUAAUUUCUACUACAAAAAAUAUGAUUAAGCGUAUAAAAUUGAGUAUAUUUUGACAUUCUGAAGCAGUUUGAGACAAUCUACAGAAGAUAGUGAAAGUAAAGAAUCCUCUCACUGAUUAAUAGUAAUUUCUUGUAUUACUUUUAUAUAGCAGCGACAAAUCUUGGAAAUGAAGGUGAAAUGACGUUGAUAAAUCAAUCAAAUGACAGUGAUAGUGACAGUAGCAGUAUGCACAGUACAACAUCGUACUCUUUAACAUCGUCAUCUUCCAGUAGCAGUCGUAACAGCAUUGAAUUAACUUCGGAAACGACUGAUGUGUCAUCAUCAAGUGGAAGUGAUGAAGCUUAA